UUCAUAAUAUAUUCUGUUUAGUGGACACGGUAGUCAUGUACUGUUUCGUGGCGCGAUCUCAGGCAACGCCCAUCUUGAGAACUCAAGGUAGCUUGCCUAUGGAAUUGACACCUGGGUUCCAAGUAAAGUUGGUUCUGCUCAACUUUUAGGGAGACCGUCAGACUUAUGCGAGGCUGGGGCCACAUUUAUGCUAUGGAGAAUUGGAUUUACUAAUCAUUACUAGGUGGCUAUCAAGGAGAUUCAAAUCAAACGUGGCAACGACAAAACCGGCACAAACAAGGCUUGGGAAGAUGAAGCAAAAGCCUUAGCGAGUAUCAAUGAGCUCAACCACAAACACAUAAUCAAGUGCGUUGCAGCUAUACGAAGAGGCGAUAAUCGUUACUUCAUGUUUCCUUGGGCAGACGGGGAUAGCUUACGAGAUUAUUGGGACAAUACGAGAUGGCAAUGUCCGACUGGAGAUAUCAUCUCUCAAGCUGUUACACAGCUGAGGGGUCUUGCAGACGCUCUCGUAAGCCUGCACGAUGGUGUCAGAGCCCGUGCUAGCCGCAACGAUGAGAAUGAUACGGACGAGGACGAGGAUUCGAUCAAUUUGAACAUCCAGAUCCGUAACGAGGACAACGAAGUAACGAAGCCCCUCGAGACCCCAAAUCCGAAAAACAUAAGACACGGGGACUUGAAGCCUGAGAACAUUCUAAGAUUUGUGGGUACAGGCAUAAGUCUCGGGACGCUGAAGAUUGCAGAUAUGGGACUGGCAAAACAACACAUCGUUGCAACACAGGAUCGGAAACACCUCACAAGUACAAGGUACGGGACAAUCCGUUAUGAGGCUCCCGAAGCUGUCGAUACUCUCCAGGGGCCGCGAUCACGACUCUACGACAUUUGGUCUAUGGGCUGUAUUACACUCGAGUUCAUUAUAUGGAUUCUGUACGGAAACGAUGAGCUCAAUAAUUUCUAUACCCAGGUCCAGGGUGGUGAUAAACAGCGACUUUGUCAAUACUUCGAGAUGCUAGACGUAGGACAAGCGCGUCGCGCUGAAGUCCAUCCAGUUGUGCUACGAUGGAUAAGUCACAUUGAGAAGGUCGACCCGGAGUGCCAACGUGACUCAGCAACUCGCGAUCUCAUCAGACUCGUUCGAGAGAAGCUGCUAGUUGUGCCGUUACCUCCAAACAGAGCGAGUGCAAUCGCCGGUGGUCGAGGAUUCGCAGCACCUGAACUCGGCCAAAUCACAACCCGUUAUCGAGCAACUGCCGUGGAGUUUCGAGAUGCACUUGAUGAGAUCAUUGCAAAGAUCAGCAACAAAGAAUAUCUACUCGUUGGAGGGGACAGGGAUCAUAUUAAGCCACCGAGGUUGCGACCGAGCAUGCCGUCCACAUCCACAUCCACAACGCAAAGUCGAGAUAGGACGGACCUGCCAAGGUUGGGCAGUCUACAGCUACGCCCACCAAUCGGGGUACUUACCGAAAUGCCUGGGGUACCGAUACGACCUGCAGACUAUACACUACCGCCGAUGAAAGAUUGGGAGUUCAAUGUUGACAAUUUGUUCGCAGAAUCUGUUCUGCUUGAAGUGGGCUCUGAAGCAAUGGUGCCUUCGACGAGAGUGCGAACCAAGCUUUGUAGCCGCUGUAAAGCUCUGAAUUUCUGGGCAUCAAGCUUCAAGCUGGAAGAUGAGUUGUCGGCAUUGCAUCUUCGCGCAAAGACAUGUGACUUUUGUGGGCUUGUUGCAAUGGCUUGCAAGCACAACGAAGUCAUCAAGAAUGACAAGCUACAAAUCGAGAGAAAACAGUCAAAUCUUAUGUUGACAGGCGACCCGUAUCCUGUGCUAUCUAUCAUCCGAAGUCCCGAAGCGAAGCCGCCACUUCACAUACAACUAGGCUUCCCGGAGCUUCCAAACCCCCAAAGCGAUACGUUCUUUAGUAUUGUGAAACUUUGGCUCCGCAAUUGCAACACUGAUCAAGAUCACAGCGAAUGCAGAGCUAAAAACCGUGGACUGCUACCGACAAGGCUGAUCGAUGUCGGCACGCCGACACAUCCACAACUACGUGUCAUAGAGACGGACCAGGAAAGACCCAUAAGUGGAGAAUACAUUGCGCUAUCUCACCCAUGGGGUGAUACUAGGAUGUACGAGCCUUUCAGUACGCUGCGAAAGGAUGACAGUGGGAGGCAGCAUGACAUCGAGCAUUUCAAGAAAGCCAUACCCUACACCGAGCUACCCGCAACGUUCAGAGACGCAGUUGAUUGUACGCGCAGACUAGAGGUUCGAUAUUUGUGGAUUGAUUCCAUAUGCAUCAUCCAAGGUCUAGAUGGUGACUUCAAUGAGGAAGCUAAAAAGAUGGAAGACGUCUUCAGUGGAGCCUACUGCGUACUUGCUGCUAGCCGGGCAAGCAGUCAACUCGAUGGAUUUCUUGGCACUCGGCCCCAGCGUCAAUAUGUCGCUUUCCAAAGAGGAACUGAGAAACCCUUCUACGUCUGCAGAACUAUCGAUAACUUCAGCAAAGACGUGAUUGAAGGCUCGCUGAACAAGCGUGGAUGGGUAUUGCAAGAGAGGGCACUUGCGCGUCGAACGGUAUACUUCACUGAAACUCAAACAUACUUUGAAUGUGGAAAAGGUGUACGGUGCGAGACACUGACAACCAUGAAAAACAACAUGGCUGAUUUCUUGGGUGAUCCGAACUUUCCAGACAAAGCCAUGCGGACUACCUCUCGCGCCUUGAAAAUUUCAUGGUUUCAAGAGUUGUACAAGCAGUAUUCUCGUCUUGACUUUACGAGAUAUGAAGAUCGACCGCUUGCUAUUGCAGGAUUAGAGAAGCGGCUUCAAGAAGCGUUCGGUAUAAAGGGAGGCUACGGAAUCUUCGACGAUGGCAACAAAGCUAAUGGCGGACUUUUUCAUCGCAGCUUGUUGUGGCAGCGGGGCGAAGAGGAAAGUGACGAGCAAUGCUUGAUUCCAAUUGAUUUUCCUGCCGAAAGAGAGAUCUCUGUGCCAAGCUGGUCGUGGAUGGCAUACAAAGGAGGAAUCAGCUACGCAGACCCUCCCUUCGAGUCGGCUAUAUGGGAGAGAGAUGAUAUCGUACCAUCAUGGACAGGAGGCACGACCGAGAAUUCUACAUCGCUAGCAUCAGGCGGUGGACCUGAACUGAUGGCCACCGUAAGGGACUUCAACACUGCUGGCUACAAGUCUGGAGACAUCAAGCUCACCUAUGAUACGGAGAGAACAAGAGGUGUUGAUGGUCAGCGUGCGCGAUGCGUUAUCAUUGCCAGGUCUGACGAUGGGAGAGCCCCUGGAGAGAAGAGAUUCUACGUGUUACUUGUCACUGCAGCUGAAGUAAGGCCAGACUAUGAAGAGGAGAUCUACUCACGUGCAGGGGCAGGCUACAUGCUGGGGAAGUACAUUGCAUUGGACAAGCCUGGCACACAGGCGAGGAUUGUCUGAUGCGUCUUUGGACAGGGUACCAUUAGACAAUCUGAC